AGUAAACAGGCUGCUGGUCAGACGCUGACAGGAACUCACAGCAUAGCAUGCUAACAGUUAGCACGCUAAGGGCCGACAGGUCAAAGUGUUUCUGAGCUGUAGGAGGCACCGUGGUUCUCCUCCUCUUCCUCCUCCUCCUCCUCCUCCUCCUUCUUCUGGGGAUCAGAAACGUUUCAACUCAACUUAAAGCUGACUUUAAAGAGAGCAGUGAUGGGUCUUGGAAGGAGGCUGGACGUGCCGGUGGGUGACCUGUCUAUGAUCAGGGGUCUGUGGGAGGUCCGGGUGAGGAAAUACAGACAGAGACAGAUGAAGGAGAAGGAGCGGGUGGAGCAGAGCGCUCUGGCCAGGAUUGAUCAAGAGUGGCAGUAUCGUAUUUACUGUAAAACUCUGAAAACUGAAGAACGAAACCUGCUGCAUCGUUACCUGGAGAAAUCCAAACGCACUGAGGUUCAGCCCUGCACAGAAUGGGAGCAGCAGGAUGAGGACGAUCCGGAGCAGAACAGACUGAUCUUCAGACUGGAUGGAGAUCAGUGGAGGGACUUUCCCCGGGAGCUGCAGUGGAUGACGUACCUGAAGGAGUGGCACAUCCGAGGGACAAAGAUCAGCCGUCUGCCGGAGUUCCUGCCUCUGUUCUCUCAGCUGCUCGUCCUGCAGAUCCCUCAGAACGCCAUCGACGAGCUGCCGCCGGAGAUCGGGAAACUGACGAGUCUGCAGGAAUUGAACGUGAGCUACAACCGUCUGUCCAGUGUUCCUCCAGAACUCGGAGACUGUGAGAACCUGAAGAGACUUGAGCUGACGGGGAACUUGAACCUGUCCGAGCUGCCGUUUGAGCUGAGCGGCCUGAAGCAGCUGGUGCACCUGGACAUCGCGGAGAACAGGUUCAUCUCAAUCCCGAUCUGCGCUCUGAGGAUGAGCCGCCUGCAGCUGCUGGACCUGAGCAACAACAGCCUGACCGACCUGCCGCAGGACAUGGACAGGUUGGAGCAGCUGGUCACUCUGUUCAUACAUAAGAACAGCCUGUCUUACCUCCCUCACUGUCUCACUAAAAUCUCGACGCUCAAGAUGAUCGUCGUCAGUGGAGACGAGCUCAACUGCAUCCCAACCAGUCUCUGCAGGAACCCAAACAUCAAGUUUAUCCGACUGUACGACAACCGUUCAGCGAAGAAGAAGAAAGAGGAGGAGGAGAAGAAGAAAGGGAAGAACAAGAGGAGGAGGUGGAACCAGCCGAGAGAAGAGGAGGUGCAGAAGGACAGCAGGGAGAAGGAGUUCAUGGAGGCGUACGUCAACUCGCUGAUGGACAGAGAUGUCGUCCCUGAAAGCACCACGAAGGUCUCCAUCUCCUGCCUGCUGUGAGGAGAAGGAGGAAGAGGAUGAAGAUGAGUUGAAGGAAGAGAAGGAGGAGUAGGAGGAGGAAGA